ACCAAAGGGAUUGAAAUUGUCAAUUGCAGAGGAAGAAAGGACUUUCACUAGAGACCUGGAAGGGUCCGCUGUGCAUGUCGGCAUGCCGCCCUCUCUCUCCUCUCUCUCUCUUCUCUGAAACCCUUUUCUUCCUCAUGUUGUCCUUUCCUCUUCUCUUGCUCGCUGACCCUUUUCGUUUUUCUUGACUGAAACCCACAAAAAUUAUACGAUGAAGGGAACUCCCAAGGAUUCAGAGAAGCUACUCUGGGAUCAGAUGAAGACCCCUUCUGGUAACACCAUUGCCGUUUCCUCAUGUCAAUCUCGAGCUCUCCGGAAGCUAAUGGUUUGGUUAAUCAUCUUCAUUUGUGUUACCUACAUCGUCUACACAUUAAAACUCAUCUACUCUUCAUGCCCUUGCGAGGAAGAUUCUUUGGGUCUUCUCCACCAUCUGCCCACUUCAUCCAAAGUGUCAAAAGUUGCAGAGGAGAACUCCUCAAUCUCCCAAAAAACUGAAAUCCAGCAUAUUGUCUUUGGCAUUGCAGCUUCAGCCAGGCUGUGGGAGCAGAGGAAGAACUACAUCAAGCUCUGGUGGAGACCCAGGGAAAUGAGGGGGAUUGUAUGGUUGGAUAAACCAGUCAAAACCCAUGGAGAAGAAGGGCUUCCACCUGUGAAGAUCUCAGGUGAUACUUCCAGAUUCAAUUACAAGAACAGACAAGGUCACCGGUCGGCAAUCAGGAUCUCGCGGAUCAUCUCUGAGACUCUGAGAUUGGGGGUGGAAGACGUUCGGUGGUUCGUGAUGGGUGAUGACGAUACUGUGUUCAUACCAGAGAACCUGCUUACAGUUUUGUCGAAAUACGAUCACAAUCAGUUCUAUUACAUAGGAAGCUCAUCGGAGAGCCAUCUGCAGAACAUCUACUUCUCCUAUUCCAUGGCUUACGGUGGUGGAGGAUUUGCCAUUAGUUACCCAUUAGCGAAAGCUCUGGAAAAGAUGCAAGAUAGAUGUUUACAGAGGUACCCUGCAUUGUACGGCUCCGAUGAUCGGAUUCAAGCUUGUAUGGCUGAGCUGGGCGUUCCCCUCACCAAGGAACUUGGUUUCCAUCAGUACGAUGUGUAUGGGAGCCUCUUUGGGCUACUGGCAUCGCAUCCAGUGACGCCAUUAGUGUCUCUGCAUCACCUUGAUGUGGUAGAACCCAUCUUCCCCAAUGUGUCUCGAGUUCAAGCACUGGAACGGCUGAAGCUGCCGAUGAAGCUGGACUCGGCAGGGCUAAUGCAACAAUCCAUCUGCUACGACAAGGAGAAGUCAUGGACGGUAUCUGUGUCAUGGGGGUUCGCCGUCCAGAUAACCAGAGGAAUGUUCUCAGCAAGGGAGAUGGAGAUACCGUCCAGAACCUUCAUCAAUUGGUACAAGAAGGCUGACUAUAGAGCUUACGCCUUCAACACAAGACCCGUUACCCGCAACACAUGCCAGAAGCCCUUCGUCUUCUACCUCUCGGAUGCCAUGUUUGAUCAUGAAUCACAGCAGACGGUGACAGAGUAUGUGCGGCACAGGGUUCCUCACCCUGCUUGCAAGUGGAAAAUUCCUGACCCUUCAGAGAUUGAUAGGAUUCUGGUUUACAAAAGACCCGAUCCGAACCUCUGGAACAAGUCACCGAGGAGGAACUGUUGCAGGGUAUUGCCUUCAAAGAGCAGAGGGAAGGUGUCGAUUGAUGUGGGUGUAUGUAGGGAAGGUGAGAUUACAGAAAUAUAGAAAAUACGAAGAAGAAGAAGAAGAAGAAGAAGAAGAAGUGGUGGAGAACAAUGAGAGUAUAUAUUACAAAAAGAAAAGAAAACCCAGGUUGGAAUCUCGACUCUGGACCCUGUACUCUGUACUCUGGAGGGUUACGUGUGGAAGGGGAAGCCAGGGAGAAGGAGGGUUACGUGGCUUCCUAUGGUUUGGUUUGGUUUCUUUAUUUGUUAGAUUUUGUUCUUUCGUGUAAUCUUGAAAUUCUUUUUAGGAAUCGUUCCAUGAUUUUACAGAAAAAGAAGGGAGGCCGGAGGAAGGAGGAUACGUGCCCACCCUUUUCCAUAUUUUAAUUAAUAGCUUUUUGUUUUCACUUUAAUUAUUAGGUUAAUACUUUAGGGAUUAAUUAAACGUGACUUUGACUGUAAUGAAAAAUCUGAUUUGGGAAAGUUGCAAAACUAAUAUAUGCAUUCCAUCUAUUGAAUUUUGUUA